AUGCCAAAAGCAAUUGUAUUCACCGAUUGGGACGGGACUGUUACCUUACAAGAUUCCAAUGACUAUUUAACUGAGAACUUAGGAUUCGGAAGACCCAAGAGAUUAGAAAUUAAUGAUGAUAUUUUAGACGGGAAGAUUUCGUUUAGAGAAGGGUUUCGUAAAAUGUUGGAAUCGAUUCCCACCCCGUUCCCCGAAUGUGUUGAAUUCUUAUUACAACACAUUAAAUUGGAUCCAGGAUUCAAGCAAUUCUACGAAUGGGCCGAAAGCCACCAAAUUCCGGUGAUUGUUGUUAGUUCAGGCAUGAAACCAAUCAUUCACGCAUUAUUGAAAAAAUUGGUGGGAGAAGAAGCCAUUAAGAAUAUCGAAAUUAUUAGUAACGACGUUGAAAUACACGACGCCAAGGGUGGUUGGGAAAUCAUUUAUAAAGAUCCCACAUCCGAUUUUGGCCACGAUAAAUCCAAUUCAAUUAAAGAAUAUUUGAAAAUUCAUAAUUAUUCUGCUAAUCCACCUACUUUGUUUUAUUGUGGAGACGGGAGAAUCGAUUCCGUAUACUGA